AUGCAACUGUCCUGGAAAGAUAUUCCUACUGUGGCAUCAUCCAAUGAAUUGCUAGAUAUUGUUCUUAACAGAACCCAAAGAAAGACUCCCACCGUCGUUAGACCGGGCUUUAAAAUUACAAGAAUCAGAGCCUUCUAUAUGCGUAAAGUGAAAUUCACUGGUGAAGGUUUUGUAGAAAAAUUCGAUGAAAUCAUCAAGGGGUUCCCUAACAUCAACGACGUCCACCCUUUCCACAGGGACUUGAUGGACACCCUGUACGAAAAGAAUCACUACAAGAUCUCUUUGGCUGCGGUUGCCUGUGCAAAGACCCUUGUAGAACAAGUGUCUCGUGACUACAUCAGAUUGUUGAAAUUUGGUCAAUCUUUAUUCCAAUGUAAACAAUUGAAAAGAGCAGCUCUGGGUAGAAUGGCCACCAUUGUCAAAAAACUGAAGGACCCCUUGAACUAUUUGGAACAGGUUAGACAACAUUUAGGCAGACUCCCAUCCAUCGACCCAAAUACAAGAACCCUUUUGAUCUGUGGGUAUCCAAACGUCGGGAAAUCCUCCUUUUUAAGAUGCAUCACUAAAGCAGACGUCGAGGUCCAACCUUAUGCCUUCACCACAAAGUCCCUAUACGUGGGCCAUUUCGAUUAUAAAUAUUUGAGGUUCCAAGCUAUCGAUACCCCAGGUAUCCUUGACAGACCUACCGAAGAGAUGAACAACAUCGAAAUGCAAUCCAUCUACGCUAUUGCACACUUAAGGUCUUGCGUCUUGUAUUUCAUGGAUCUUUCUGAACAGUGUGGUUUCACCGUCGAAGCACAAGUCAAAUUGUUCCAUUCUAUUAAACCCUUGUUUGCAAACAAGUCUGUCAUGGUUGUCGUCAACAAAACCGAUAUUAUCAGACCAGAAGAUCUGGACGAAGACCGUUCAAAGUUAUUAGACUCAAUCAAGACUGUGCCUGGUGUGGAAAUUAUGACCAUCUCAUGUCAUUUGGAAGAUAACAUCAUGGAAGUCAGAAACCAUGCUUGUGAAAAACUGUUGGCUUCCAGAAUCGAAAGCAAAUUGAAAUCUCAAGCAAGAAUCAACAACGUGCUUAAUAAAAUCCAUGUGGCUAAACCUCAGGCAAGAGACGAUGUGGAAAGAUUGCCUUAUGUGCCUGAGUCCUUCAAGAAUCAAGUCAAGUAUGAUCCAAAUGAUCCAAACAGACGGAAAUUGGCCAAGGACAUUGAAGCUGAAAAUGGUGGUGCGGGUGUCUAUAACAUCAACUUGAAAGAAAAAUAUAUUCUUGAGGAUGAUGAUUGGAAGAACGACGUUAUGCCAGAGAUCUUGGAUGGUAAAAACGUUUAUGAUUUCUUGGAUCCAGAUAUUGCUGCAAAACUACAAGCUCUUGAAGAAGAGGAAGAGAGGCUGGAAAGAGAAGGUUUCUACGAUUCUGACGACGACGAAGACACAUUCGAAGGCUAUGAUGCAGAUGAAGUCAAUGAUAUCAGAGCUAAGGCUGCUUGGAUUAGAAAUAAGCAAAAGACUAUGAUCAAAGAGGCAAGAAACAGAAAGUCCUUAAAAAAUAAAGCUAUCAUGCCACGUUCCAAGUUAACCAAAUCGUUUGAUGAAAUGGAAAGACAUUUAUCUAUCUUAGGUCAUGAUUUGACUUCAUUACAAGAUAAACAUAGAGCCGCUGCCGAGAAGAAUAGAUAUGUUGAAACUGGUGCUGAUGUCAUCAUGAAUGCUGCUGCUUCAGAAGUUAUUGCUUCCAAUGAUUCUGCUAAUGGUGGUAAGCUAAGGCAAUCUGAUAGAUUGCUGGAUGGUGUAGCAGAUGGUUCUCAAAGAUCCAAGGCUGAUAGAUUGAGUAAAUUACAAAGAAGAGAGAGAAAUAGAAAUGCUAGAAGAGGUGAAGCUGAUAGACAUACUACAGUUUCUUUACCAAAACACUUAUUCUCUGGUAAGCGUAGUAAUGGUAAGACCGAUUUCCGUUAG